GCCGAGCUGAAGCGAGUUUACACUCAGUUACGAAUGUACAAAUUGAAAAAUUUAUAUCAAGAUAAUCCUCAUAUUAGUAAGCGAAAGGGUGGGAAGAAGUCAAGCAGUGAUAGAACGAUUAUCAAAAAUCGGCGUAUUUCAAUACCUCCAACUAAUUCCCCAAAGAUUAAACGGGUGGAUGAGGAGGAACGAAGUGAUCUAACUGUCGAGUCGGCGCCGCACAAUGUUUUCUUAUCAACAUACAAAUUACAGUUGGAGCCUCAUCAGUCGGUACGCGUGUAA